CCCCUCGCGCCUGCGUAGACCACAGCACGCCGCGCGCGGGAAGCCGCUACGGGCGCCCAACCGUUCCCUGCCUCGGGACGCCGGCGCCUCAGGCGGAGCCUCUGGGAGGAAGAGGAGGGCAGGAGCGUAACUCCUCUGGCCCGGGACCGCGGCCGGGGCGGGACCCGGGACCGAGUCGCCUUGGAGACGCUGACCGGGGCGGAGCAGUCCCUGGAUCCCCACAGAGGAAGCACUCUGACGGAGGCCUCUGUCAGCAGAGCCAGAGAUGGCAUCAGUAGAUUUCAAGACCUACGUGGACCAGGCCUGCAGGGCCGCAGAGGAAUUUGUCAAUGUCUACUACACUACCAUGGAUAAGCGGCGGCGGCUGCUAUCCCGCCUGUACAUGGGCACCGCCACUUUAGUUUGGAAUGGAAAUGCUGUUUCAGGACAAGAAUCCUUGAAUGAGUUUUUUGAGAUGUUGCCUUCCAGUGAGUUCCAAAUCAACGUGGUAGACUGCCAACCUGUUCAUGAUGAAGCUACACCAAGCCAGACCACAGUCCUUGUGGUGAUCUGUGGAAGCGUGAAAUUUGAGGGCAACAAACAGCGGGACUUCAACCAGAACUUCAUCUUGACCGCCCAGGCCUCACCCAAUAACACAGUGUGGAAGAUAGCAAGCGACUGCUUCCGGUUCCAGGACUGGGCCAGCUAGUGGGGUGGGAAAGGCCUUGGCUUCGGCCGAGCUCUGCGGAGAGAUGCAAGUCUCAGAUCUCAGGAUGUGGAGAACACAGUUCAUUUUUGUUGUCACAGCAGCACUGCAAACUGGGUGUUUGACUCCUAGAAACCCCUUUCCUGGUUAUAUACUGGUUUGUCAUGGUUGCAUUUUAAAAGUAGUAAACUUUCUAUUUUUCUACUUAAUCAGUAGAAACCUUGUUUCUGGAAAUUGACAAAUAAAUAAUAUAAAUACUG